AUGUACCGAUGCAAAAAUUGUCAAGCCAUGAUUGGCAACACGGUUCGAAUAAACUGUGCAGAAUGUCCACAAUUUGAUUUAUGCGUGACUUGCUUUUGUGCUGGAAAAGAGGUGGAAGACCACAAAAACUUUCACAAAUACCGAGUUAUGGAUCAAUUCACCUUUCCAAUAUUCACACCGGAUUGGUGUGCCGAUGAAGAAGAACUAUUGAUCGAAGGUGCUCAAACUCACGGAUUGGGCAAUUGGGGUGAUAUCGCAGCUUAUGUUGGCAGCAGGACAAGGGAAGAAUGCGAACGACAUUAUUUAGAUGUGUAUCUUAGUGCAAAAAAUUUUAUUCCCAGUAUGGAAAAGAAGUUCGAAAAUGUUGAUGAGAGAGAUAUGCGAGAAAGAAAGCGUCGAAGAAUGGAAUCUAUACAGCAAUUACCACCUAUAAAAUCUAAAACUCAUGCAAAGCCUUUGCAGAGUUUACCAGCGAACCACGAGAUUCAAGGGUACAUGCCAAAACGUAAAGAAUUUGAGACAGAAAUUGACAAUGAUGCUGAGCAGCUCAUUAAAGAACUAGAAUUUGACAAUGAAAUGCCGGCGGCAGAAGUCGAACUAAAAUUAUCAAUGCUGAAAAUAUACAACAAAAAACUCGAUCGACGCACCGAAAAGAAACGACUAAUAUUCGAGCACGGGCUAGUCGACCUUAAAAAAAAAGAGAAAGCUUUUGAAAAAAACGAAAAGAAAUCCGUCACCAGUAGUGCCAUUGCUGCCUCUACUUCUUCGACGACGGGUGCCGCUAUUUUGGGGGAUAAAAUAUUACAAGACAAAGAACGUAAGUUUCAUUCGAAACUUAAAGUUUUUGCGAAAUUGAUGAAUAAGACUGAUCAUGAGACGUUUGUUGAAGGGAUGUUAAGAGAGUUUAGAAUACGCGAGGAAAUUUCAAAGUUACAAGAAUGGCGACGUCAUGGUAUCACCACAAUAAAAGAAGGUGAAAAAUACCAAGCUAAUAAAUUACAAGAGCAAGAGGCAACACGAGACCCGCCAACUCGCAUCAUCAUCGGUGCAAGUAGUGAUCGUUUGGCUGCACAAUAUGCAGCCAGAAUACCUCCGGUUCGAAUUGAUAAGAUACUUCCAAUAGAUCUCGACAAUGCGGAAGGUGUUCACAUGCUCACACCAGCCGAAAGAACACUCUGCUCUCAUCUGCGUAUAUUUCCAAAACCGUACAUGGUCAUCAAAGAAAUUAUACUUAAAGAAUAUGCGCGACGCGAUUUUCGCUUGAAACGACGUGAAGCCAGAGAACUUAUAAAGAUUGACGUGAAUAAGACUAGUCGUAUUUAUGAUUUUUUCGUGGAGAUGGGCUGGAUCCAUUCUCAGACAAAGAUGCCGCUGGUGCGAAAUACUUCCGCUGUGAAUAGGAAUGGGGCAAUUGCGGUGCCGAGUGGGAAUACUGGUGGUAGUGUAACGACUAAUGGAUUUGUUGUAGGGGGAAGUGGUAUGGAUUUGGAGUAA